AUGCUGGAUGGCCAGCUAUUCUCCGAGGGGCCCGAUAGCCCCCGGGAGCUCCAGGAUGAGGAGUCUGGCAGCUGCCUCUGGGUGCAGAAAUCAAAGCUGCUGGUGAUAGAAGUGAAGACUAUUUCCUGUCAUUAUAGUCGCCGUGCCCCUCCUCGACAGCUCAUGGACUUCCAGGCCAGCCACUGGGCCCGCGGGCCCCAGAGCCGCACGUGUGGGCCGCGCCUGGGAUCCCCUGAGCCGCCGCCCCGCCGGCCCUGGGCCUCCAGGGUGCUGCAGGAGGCGACCAACUGGCGGGCGGGGCCCCCGGCCGAGGCCCGAGCCCGGGAGCAAGAGAAAAGGAAAGCGGCAUCGCAGGAGCGGGAGGCCAAGGAGACUGAGCGAAAAAGGCGCAAGGCUGGUGGGGCCCGAAGGAGUCCCCCCGGUCGGCCCCGCCCGGAGCCUCGGAACGCCCCUCGGGUGGCCCAGCCUGCAGGGCUCCCAGCUCCCUCACGGCCGGAGCGCCUGGGGUCCGUGGGGCGACCGCCCCGUCCAUCCGCGCUGCCGCAGAGCAAUCCAGGGGCGGCGUGGGCGGGGCCCUGGGGAGGUCGGCGGCCAGGGCCCCCCAGCUACGAAGCUCACCUGCUGCUGAGAGGUGCUGCCGGAAUGGCCCCGCGACGCCGCUGGGACCGGCCGCCACCCUACGUGGCUCCACCCUCUUACGAAGGCCCCCACAGGACCCUGGGGACUAAGCGAGGACCCGAGCCCUCGCAGGCGCCCGCCUCUUCAACCUCUGCUCCGACCAGGACAGAGGGAGGGUGCACAAAGAAGAGGCUAGAUCCUCGGAUCUACCGGGACGUCCUAGGGGCCUGGGGUCUCCGUCAGGGCCGGGGUCUCCUGGGGGGAUCCCCAGGCUGUGGAACAGCCAGGCCAAGGCUGGAGUCCGGUAAGGUGGCCGCGGAGAGAAGCCUGAGGCUGGCUGCUGCUGGCCUGAAGAGUGGUAGCGACGGACAUCCCCAAGCCAAAGCUGCUGGGAACCCAGGCACGGAGACAGUUCCUGCGGGGUCUGCACCUGCCACUCCCAGCCCCCCGCGUCCUGCUCCCAGGUCCAGGCCCCAUCCCAAGGGCUCCGGGGAAGGGAGAGAAGGGAGAGAACAGAGCUGGCUCCCCAAGUGCUGGAUGCCCUCCGUUAAGAAGCAGCCGCCCCGACAUAGCCAGACCCUCCCCAGACCCUGGGCUCCGGGAGGCACGGGAUGGAGGGAGUCCCUGGGUCACAGAGAGGAGGCCGGACCCGAGACCUUGGAGGGUUGGAAGGCGACCCGCCGCCCCCACACCCUGCCCCGAAGUUCCCGUGGCCCGGCUCGUGGGGAAGGCGUCUUUGUCAUUGACGCCACUUGCGUGGUGAUACGGUCCCAGUAUGUUCCGACCCCUCGAACCCAGCAUGUGCAGCGUUUGCCCGCUGGAGUGCCGCGACUUGUGGGGAAUGUCCCCACCCAACUGAAGCCCAGCAAGGAGGAGGCAGAGGGGGCCGCGGUCCUUCCCUCCCCUUGCCGAAAGCUGCUGUUGAGCAGUCGCCCUUCACAGCAGCCCGGUGGGGGACGUGGGCUCGAAGCUGAGGGCGGGAAGUCCGCGGACUCCUCACUGGAGGAGCGCGCCUCCCGCAUCUUGGGGCUCCCGGUCGGCGAAGUAAACCUGCAGGAUGCCCCCACGCAGCCAGGUAGUCCAGAGCACUCAGCCUUAGGCCCAGCGGCUUCGGGAGGCGCGCGCCGUGCCGAGGGCUCGGAGGAAGUGGCUGCGGUCCCGCGGCGCGCAGGCCGGGGUUGGGUGCGGACCCCGGGGCCCUAUGCCGGGGCCCUGCGGGAAGCCGUGUCCCGCAUCCGCCGCCACACCGCCCCGGACUCCGACUCCGACGAAGCUGCGGAGCUCAGCGUCCAUAGCAGCUCUUCUGAUGGAAGCGACACAGAAGCCUCGGGCGCCUCCUGGCGGGACGGGCGGGCCGGGCCCCCGGAAGGCGGGAAGGCAGCCGAGCUGAGCGACAAUAUCCGAGAGAUUCUAGAUGUCCUCAGCCGAACCCGG